AUGAAAACGUUUCAAUCAAGUUGGCAUUCCGUAAGUGCUCUGUCUUGGUCAAUCAGCUGGUCACUCUCAGCUGAUUGCCAUUUCAAAAACAAAUUCCUCGCUGCGAUGUGGGUGUUCGCCGUAGUGGUCCACGUACUGCUCCUGGGCUCAAUUUUCGUCAUCUAUUUCCGCUCGCCGGUGAUCAGAGGCCUCAGCCCGCAGAAACGGCUGCUGGACUACCAAUUGGAGGCACCAGCCAAGCGCUUGGUGCUAAUUGUGACCGAUGGCUUGCGCGCCGACUCCUUCUUCGAGGAUAACUGCCGGUAUGUGCCGCAUUUGCGUGAGAUCUUCCUGCGGGAGGGCCUCGUCGGGGUGUCACACACCCGUAUGCCCACCGAAACCCGGCCGGGGCACAUAGCGCUGCUAGCUGGACUCUACGAGGAUCCGUCGGCGGUGCUGCGGGGCUGGAAGAAAAAUCCCGUCGACUUUGACACGGUGUUCAACCGUAGUUCGCACAUCUAUGCCUGGGGUGCCAAUGACAUAAUCGGCAUCUUUGAGCAUCUUGUUAAUCUGAACACCAUGCAUUUCCAAUCCUACACGAAUGAUCUGGACUUCUCGCCGGGCUACGAGAGCUACGAACAGGAUGAGUGGGUGUUCAAGCGCGCCCAGUGGCUGCUGCAACGCAAGGGUGAGAAGCUGCGAAAAUCCCAAUCUGUGGUCUUCUUCCUGCAUCUCCUGGGACUGGACACAGUGGGGCAUGUCCACAAGCCGGGCUCACCGCAAUUCCGCAAGAAUUUGGACAAGACUGAGCGAGGAGUACGUGAGAUUUACGAGGAAUUCGAGCGUGUGUUUCCCGAUAAAAAGACUGUCUACUUGCUGACCUCCGAUCAUGGAAUGACUGACUCGGGUUCCCAUGGUGCUGGCACUGCCCACGAAACUGACACACCUUUCAUGCUGUGGGGUUCGGGCGUUGCUCGCCAGGUGCCCAAUCCUGGCAGCCGGAAAUUCAUGCCCAACGAUCAAGGGCCACCGAUGACUUUGCUGGAACUGGAACAGGCCCAGUUAACGCCGCUUAUGUCAGCUUUGAUCGGUUUGCCCCCGCCCAUGAACAACUUCGGCACCUUGCCCAUUGGCUACAUGAAUGUCAGCACUGAAUAUGAAGCCAUGGCUGCAUAUUUGAAUGCUUUGCAGCUCUUGGAGCAAUAUGAAACACUCCAAAAGCAGCACAAUAGAGGAUUUUUUGCCGGACUCCUGCCUGCGUUUAGACACCUGCCUCCGGAUGCCAUUAAAGCGUACAAGACAAACAUCAAGAAGCUGCGCAAGCAAAAGGAACACAUACUCUCUCAGGUCAAGAGCCAAAUGAUGAUGCAGCAUGCCCUCCAGGGCAUCGAUUACUAUCAUGGCUACUAUAGGAGUGCGCUUUUGAUGAGCACCACAGCCACUUUCCUGGGCUGGAUAUUCUAUUUGUACCGCUCGCUGGCGAAGAAUAGAGGAAGCCAAGUGGAGCUGGCCCUGGCAGGGAAUGCCAAGCUGGUGAGGAUGAGUCUAGCUCUCUCGCUAGUUGCUUUGAUGUUGUUCCUGCUGCUCCAAAGAACCCCGCUGGACAUACAAUUCUACCUAAUGCUGCCUCUCUUUGUUUGGCUAAAGGCUGCCCAGCCCUGGAGCAGCUUUGCAGUCACACCUCAGCCUGAAAAAGCUUACAGUGCUCCAUCUUUAAAGACCACAAAAUGGCAGCUCCUGAUGAUUAUUGUUUGCGCGGAGCUAAUGGUCUUCACCUUCUUUGACCGCCGCCUGAUCUCCCUGUGCUUUGUGGCCUUCGCCUGCUACAACAGUUGGAGUAAUUUCCAGCCCAAGUCCCUGGAGUUGUACCGCUGGCUGGCUUUGAUCUUGAUCCUUGCAGGGUUUCCCCUGCUGCCGCCUUCGGUGGGCUAUCAGAACUGGUUUAUGCUCCUGGCUGGCGUCAUUUUGAUACCUAUAAACUGCCUGUGGAGUGCCAAGGCCAGAUUGAGCCUCGGAAAUCACACCAAGUACUGCAAUGCUUUGAUCCUGCUGAACGUCAUAGUGUGCGCUUAUCUUCACGACAGCGGCAGGAAUAUUCCGGUUCACCUAAACAUGGCCAGCUGGUUAUACCUAGCCUACGCUUUCACUGCCAUUGCGAUAAACCAAGAGACCAAGCUGGAGCUGCGUCUGGCUCAGAUCAGCUUCAAUUUGGCCUGCCUGUAUGCCACCUUGUGCACCUCUUACGAGGCAGUAUUCCUCCAGCUGCUGACCCUGGAACUGGGUAUUUCACUGCGCUCUCAAACAGCCCAGGCGGAGAAGUCAGUCCUAAGGCUGGCCUUCACCCUGCUCCUGUACACCUUCUUCUCGCUGUUUGGAUCCGGCAACAUAGCCUCGAUUAGUUCUUUCGAUCCCAACAUAGCCCGCUGCUUCCUCAGUCACUUUGCACCGUUUGUGAUCAUGGGUCUGGUGCUGCUGAAGCUUCUCCUGCCCGUGGUCCUGGUCAUGGCGGUGGUGUAUGCCCACAGUGAGUUUGUGCGUCAGCAUGAGGAGCAAAUCUACAUUUGUCUGCUGCUAAUCUGUGAUGUGAUGGGUCUGAACUUCCUCUUUCUGGUGCGAAAUCAAGGCUCUUGGCUGGACAUUGGCAGCUCCAUUUCACAUUUUGUCAUCAUGGAGGUGACCACUCUGGUUGUCCUGGUCUUUGCCCAGGUGGCAAAGCUGCUGCUGCAACCCCAUUCCCGGGAGAGUAUUGUGUGCCUGCCUUUGCGACUCAUCCACUGGGAAGCCAUUAGCGGCGCCAAGCCGAAAUAAGAGAUUUUUUGACCAAAGCUAAGCUUAAACAUUUAUGUCCGAUAAUAUUUACAACACUAAUUAAGAAUUAGUAACAUACACAUGUAAAUCAUAGAAUCUA